CUUUUCGAAUUGCGAAUCGUUUCCACAACCCAGCCUUUUCAUCUUCGAAUGGUUUGUCGUUGCCGACCUUUCUGGCUUCUGUUUACAAACCGCUGCAAUUCUGAGUGCACGAAACAAGCAUGUUGUCUUCCGGCGAGCUCCCUCGUCCUUCGGAUGUUACUUUCGAUGAAGCUGCGGUCGGUACCUCUUCGGUCGCUUCGCAAGGAGAACAUGUCACUGUCGCUGCCGAGAAAGACUCAUCGGUGUCUCCGGUUCGCUUUGACGGAGAAGCGAACUUGCAGGCUGGACCACACCACAAAGAUCCACAAGCUUUGGUCAACGAUGCCGAGACUGUGACCAACAAACAUGGCUUUGUGUUCAAGCGUAUAUUGUAUCACGAUGAAGCCAAUUUGCGUAUCCUGGUUCGAUCGGAGCAGGGAGAAAAUGUCAUCUACGAAGCCUGCGAAGCUCUACUUUCUGCAGCAUCUCCAGCUUGGCAGAAAGCCUUCGAGAGUCACAUCUCCGGCAUUAUCUUCAACCUUCCGAAUCUUGAGGGUCAGACCUACGGCAUGGAUGUGGUCCUGUUGAUUAUCCAUCGGAAGUUGUCGAAGAUCCCUCACCGACCCGAGAUUCACCAACUCUAUUCGAUCGCAAGAGUGGCAGAAGAGUACGACUGUACUCAUCUCCUUGUUCCAUUCAUGAAAGAGUGGAUGCGCACAAUUAAAGACCAUGAUAAAACUGAGGAUCCAGGAAGGGAAGGAAACAACGACGGGAAGAUGCUGUAUAUCACUUGGGUGUUUGGAGCUGCCCGUGAAUGGAUCUCCUACUUGACCAAGGUCUGGGAGCACACCAGUCUCAGCGGCGACGGAACUCUGCUGGACAGCCAGGGCCAGCCAUGGAAAGACCAGGGUCUACCUCCUCUCCUCCUGGAACUCAUCAAGAGAAUUCGACAUAAAGCCGUCGCAAAGAUCUGUAACAUAUCGGCCACUGGUUCAACGUGCUUGUUCAACCCGAGCAAGAACGCACAGAACAUUUCUGUCUCAGCCGAGAACGGAAAUGGGACUCCAACGAGGUGUCGAACGAGGUCUGCGAAUACAUCCAGCUCGGCUGCUUGGUGAGAGGCCUGUGGAGGCCUGUGUGCCAACGGGCUGCUCCCGUUCCCUGUCACGGAGGAAUAUGCUGACACAGUCGACAGCCUAGCCAAAGCCAUUUCGGCGAUCAACUCUCCUUUUGGAGUAAUCCCUUGGUCGCGCUCAGACGAACACCCUCAUUCCCUUUGUGGGAGCGACCGCCUGUGUGAUGUGUGGGAUGCUCAAGAGGGA